GUGCUGCCUCACACAAUCUUACUGGUGGAGAAGUGCAUUGGAGGUCAAAAGAGAACUUGGAGUCACUAUAGCAAUGUUCACAGUGCAAUUGAAGGUGUUAUCAAGAUAUAUGAGGACCACUUAAAGUGGAUGAAUAGAGAGUCUCCCAGAAUCUCCUAUGAUUUGUCACAGUUGUUCAAUUAUCUUGAUGAACUCCCAGAUCUGUGCUGCCUUGUUUACCAGGACCAUACCAACACAUAUGCUCCAUUUGAUCGAGCCUGGAUCAAGGAGAGGAUUUAUGUGAAGAAAUCAGUUUCAAUUCACAUCAUGGCCAACGAAGGAGAAGACAAGGAGUAUCGUUGGGAGAGUGGGUACGAGAAGACAUGGGAGGCAAUCCAGGAAGACGUGGAAGGUCUGAUCGAGACCUCAGUGAUGGACAUCAUCCAGCGUGCAAGGCGGAAACGAAUGCUCGAUCGGCAGGGCAACAUCCGCCUUGGGAUGAUGCGCCACCUCUAUCUCAUCCUGGAUCUUUCAGAAACUAUGAAUGAUCCUGACCUGAAGCCCUCUCGCCUCCUGUGCUCCCUGAAAAUCCUUGAAAGCUUUCUUGAGGAGUAUUUUGACCAGAAUCCCAUCAGUCAGCUUGGCAUCAUCACCAUGAAGAAUAAGAGGGCUGAGAUAUUGAGCCAGUUGGCUGGCAAUCCCAGGAAGCAUUUGCAGGAACUCACGAAGCUUUCAACUACCAUCUGCUCUGGGGAACCUUCAUUACAAAAUGCACUGGAAUUGGCAGCCCAAUCCCUACAGCAUAUGCCCAGUCAUGCAAGUCGGGAAAUCCUAAUUAUCUUUGGGAGUCUCACGACAUGUGACCCUGGAGAUCUCAAGAAGACCAUUCAGACCCUAAAAUCCUACAACAUUCGUGUCUCGAUUGUAGGUCUGGCUGCUGAAGUGAGGAUCUGUCGGACAUUGUGCAAGGAGACAGGUGGAGAAUACAGUGUGAUAGUUGAUGAUGUCCACCUUAGGACCUUGAUCUUGAAUCAUGUGAUUCCACCCCCUGCAGCUGGCAGCAUGGAUUCUUCACUCAUCCGUAUGGGUUUUCCUCACGAAGCCUCAACCUCUGAGCAGCAUCUUGCUCUUUGUAUGUGUCAUUUGGAAGCCAAAGAUCCCACAGUUGGCCUCUCAAAUCCUGGAUAUCUGUGCCCCCAGUGCUCAAGCAAAUACUGUCACAUUCCUGUGGAAUGCCGUGUCUGUGGCCUGACCCUGGUCUCUGCUCCGCACCUUGCACGGUCGUAUCAUCAUCUCUUUCCCCUUCCUGCAUUUGAGGAAGUCUCUUCUGUCAGCUUGCCCCCCAACAGCCCUUGCACUGGUUGUAACAAGGUGUUGACUGAUAAAGCACUCUAUAGAUGCCCAAAAUGCACACAGUAUUUCUGUUUCGAGUGUGAUCUGUUCUUGCAUGAUGUCCUCCAUUCUUGCCCAGGUUGCACUUCC